GCCAUCGGAAGUCGCGCCGCACUCACAGUCGUUCUCUGCCGUCCUCCGCUCGCACAGCGUUACCUAGCUGUCUGCCGCCUGCUGCCUUCACCUCCAAGGCUCGGUCCCCGCACUGCUUGUUCGCCGACACCGCGAACCGCCCUCUGCGUCCCAGCGACAGCGUCAGCCACAGGUCAUGGCAAAUAGUCUCGAGGCCAAGAUCGUGGUGCUUGGGAGUCAGGGCGUUGGCAAAACGAGCCUUGUUCAUCGUUACGUCAAAAACGCUUUCACACCGCCCACGACACAGUCCACGAUAGGCGCCUCGUUUGUGACCAAAAAGGUCGUCGACAUCGACACAUCCACCACUGUGCGCCUUCAGAUCUGGGACACAGCGGGACAGGAACGGUUUCGCUCCAUCUCAAAACUAUACUACAGAGGUGCCAAUGCGGGAGUCUUGUGCUAUGAUAUCACCGAUCCCUCGUCGUUUGACGAAAUGGGUCGCUGGCUCAAAGAGCUCAAGCAGAAUCUGGGCGACGACAUAAUCCUGCACAUCGUAGGCACAAAGUCUGAUAUCGUCGCUGAAGAUCCUUCACUGCGUCAGGUUCCGUUUGAACGCUGCAUCGCUUACGUGGCCGAGCAUUUGUAUCCGAACCAGGCCACCCCAGGCGCUGUGUCCACAACAUGGCAAAGCGGAGGAAUGGCAUCACCUCAGAGCAACCGUUCGAGCGGAAUCUGGGGCCAGGAAAUCGGGUGGGAUUGCUGUCAUGAGAUCAGUGCCAAAGAUGGAGAAGGUGUGGAUGAAGUGUUCCGAGUCAUCACAAGAAAGCUGGUCGAACAACAGCAGAAGAAGUUCCAACAGGAGCAGGAAAUGCUUGCACUCGCCGGCGCUACACCUGGUAUCAAUGGCAACGGCAACGGGAACGACUACUUCAACUAUCCUGGCAGCGGGAACGGCAGUUUCCGUUUAGGCGCAGGCGAUAAGAGACGCAGCUGGAUGGGUUUCCCAGCGACACCGAACGUCGGAGGCGACCCGCAGCAGCAUUGGUUAGAGGACGACAUCGAGAGAACCGGCACGAGCAAGGGAGGGAGAUGUUGUUGAUGCAUCCCUAUGUCUUGCGGUAAAGCACACUGUUGUGUGGUAUAACUUGCAGCGCCUUUGCAACUCUCUGAUUUGAUUCACGAUACCACCAACCCCUUUUCGAUAC